GGUGGCGUUUAUGGCAAUGCACUACAAGCAGCUGCGGUAAAUGGAACCGAACCAAUUGUGCGGCUUCUCCUCAAGCGUGGGGCAGAUGUGAAUGCUCAUGGUGGCCUGUAUGGCAACGCACUACGGGCAGCGAAAGGAUUACGUUAUGAACCCAUCGUGCAACUCCUCCUUACACACGGGGCGCUUCCCAAUGCAGGGACUUCGGCGGGUGAUACAA